AUGCAACUGAGACUGCUGGGCGGGCACUUCAGGAAGGAGUCGGAGCCUGAGUGGCAUCUUGGGCCCGUGGGGCCUGUUCAGCCCCUGCAAAUCCCAGUGCCUGUUCAGCACUCUUCCCCGGACCCGGACCCCUUCCCAGUGCCUGUUCAGCACUCUUCCCCGGACCCGGACCCCUUCCCAGUGCCUGUUCAGCACUCUUCCCCGGACCCGGACCCCUUCCCAGUGCCUGUUCAGCACUCAACCCCGGCGCCUGUUCAGCGCCCGACCCUGGUGCCUGUUCAGCACCCGACCCCAGUGCCUGUUCAGCACUCAACCCCGGUGCCUGUGCAGCACCCGACCCUGGUGCCUGUUCAGCACCCAAACCAUCCCUGA